AUGCAGAAUGUCUCCCCGCCGCGGAGCACUCACUCACACGCUGCAGGAGAGAAGCUUGAGGGUGAGGGACUAACGGCCUCACCUGCCAUGGUGGAAGGGCCGGUUCCCCCCCGUGAGCCCUUCCUUUCAGACAUGGGGACACUGCGCUGGCUGCCCGGAUGCCUGGGUCCCUUCCUUGUCACUCUCCUCCUCGGAUCCCCUAGCCCAGUGGCCUCCUCCAACGUCCACUCCUGCCCGUGCACCCAAGGGUGCUGCCCCGCCGGCUGGUACCAGUACCGUGACUCCUGCUACCACCCGGUGACAGCCACCAAAGGGUGGUGGAAAGCCGAGACGGACUGCAGGGACCUGGCGGAGGGCGCCCACCUGGCAUCCGUGCACAGCGCCGAGGAGAACGACUUCAUCUAUCAGCUCAUGGGUACCCCCCACAACUACGAGAGAAAGGAAGCCUAUUGGCUCGGGGGUCGCCGUGACUCCCAGGGCGAGGGCUCCUGGCGCUGGACGGACGGCUCGGCCUGGCACUAUCACAACUUCAGGGACAGCAAGCCGGACAGGACCACCGCGGAGGAGUUUGUGGCCACCUGGAAGUUUGAUCAAGAUACAAUCACCUGGAAUAACUACGAGGCCUCCUGGCAGUUCAUGUCCGUCUGCAAGCGCUCGCUGGACUGA